GCUGCCUGACUUUCUCUGUCCCUUGCCCAUGGCCCAUCCUUUCUCAGUGGUUCUGCACGCAGCUUACCUGCUCAGCACCACUGCAGGAAGCUGUCACUGCCGCAGGCUUCCCCGUGCCCAGUUCCUUGGCUAGGGGGGGUGAAAGGUGUCUGCGUGGCUGCUUGUUAGCUGGAGGGAGGACUCGGCCACAAUGAAAAGCUUUUAGUGAGUUCUCCUGCUGUGUUUUCAGCCAAGUUCUUGAUCUGGGGCUCGAUCCUUCGGUGAAUGCAUUUCCAUUUUGAUUAUAUGCUUGGGAAGGCAUGGUAAGUUCAUUUAACAAAUCUUCCAGAUCAUCUGUAAGUAUAAACUGUUCUAACCUUCUGCUUAGUGUGCUGAUUAUUAUGCUGUUGAAGUUCAUUUCUGCAUAGAUGAUUGGCUUCUUUCCUAUCUGCCGGCACCUAUGUUAGACAGCAGAAUUAUCCAUGUGUGUCAAUUAUCAGGUAACAACGAGUGCUUUGUGUGAUGGAGUGCUCCAUGUUACCUGGGGCUCAGAAGCAGUAGUCAGGUGGGGAAGUACGACAGCGAGCAGAGCAAAAAUUACCUAGCAGCAUGGUGUCAUGGCCCAGGAGAGCUUCUGCUUUGCUCCCACCAAGCGUCUGAGCUGGCUGCAGAGCAGACUCCUGAUGUGGGGCCAGACAGGUUGUGAUUUCCUGCUGUUCUCAUAGGAACCAGGACCUAAAGGGAAUACACCAGCUGGUGAGUGCCCAGCCCGUGGCACUUUUGUCCCCACGAGAUCUCCAGCAGCUUCAGCUCAGUGACGGUGACUGCAGUGCACCCAGGUGGGCUUUGCAAAUCUCUUUCCUCCGGAGUGCAGUCAGCGGGGUGUAGAGCAAGUGGGCAGGAUGGGGGUGGACCUGCAGGUGGUGGGGAGAGGCACAUGAGUCCCAGCUCAGCACCCCCGGGCACGCUUCCUUUGGAUAAACUCAGUGCUGUGUGGGUCAGCCCCUUCCCUCCAGCCUGUCCUACAGCACCAGCCUGUUUGGAUGCUCGUUAGAUGCAGGUCACUUUACAGAGGUGCCAGCCAGAUGCCUUAAGACUGAGGGAAAGCCAAGACAAAGCCAAAAUAAUGCAGCCGGGUGCUUUAAUUUGCAGGAAGAGCCAGGCAGCAGCAGACUGGUUCACAGGCGAAUCUUUCCUGCUGUAUCAAGCAUAAAUUAAUCAGGUAUUCCGUUUCCCGAGGGAAAAAAAAAAAGAAAAAAGAAAAAAAGCAGAAUAAUUCACUUAGAAAUAAAGACCAGAGCCAUUUUUCCCUUUGACAUGUUGAACGCAAUUACCUGAGGCAUGGGAAGCUGAGAUAACUCACUCAUUCAGCCCCCACUCUCCACAGAGACUGUCAUCAUUCUGCCAGAAAAGGCUUUAAAAAACAAUUCACCUCCUGAAUGCUAAAACGGUGCCACAUACCAAACCUGUCCUUACGAUUUCCACGCACCAGCUGCAACAUCACAAGCAAAACGCUCCCUUUGACGGGGCAGCGUUUGCUAUUCUCAGGGCCAUAUACACCAUGCAAGCUCCCUGUGUUUGCUGUCCCUUUUCCCAGUGUUUUUGGUGUCCCCUCCUUUAGCAGCAAAGCUCAUUGACAUCCUAUUUGGAAAGCUCAAUUAAUUGCAACUGUAAGCCUGUGCUUGCCCCCAAAUAUAAUCAUGUUUAGGCUGCACCCUCCACUCCCACCCCCUUGGCCAUUAUCUAAUAGGCAGUGGAGUAAUGGCUUUGGGUAAUGCUGUUUGAAUGGCAGGAAUCCAGUUCUGGGCUGUUUUAUUUUAUUUUUUUUUUUUAUGCUGGGGGGAGUGUAGUUGGGCGGGGGGAGAAAGCACCAGUUUGGCUUGUCUGCAAUCCCUGUUUUGCUUUCGGAGCUUUAGAGGACAGACAUAUUCUUCCAUCUCCACUAAUCCCCCUCUGAUACUGAGGAUUUUCCUGCCAUUAAAUGAUAGCUUGCGAGAAAAAAAAAAAUGCCAACUUUCCAGAGGCAGACCCGUGCAGCUAAUGGCAGCCUUGUGAGCAGGAGGGAGGACACAACCACUGCCUGGCCAGAUAGGAGCACGCCAUCAGCACAGGUGGCAGGAAGGAUGUGGACCACCUCGUGAAAAAGAUCAGCAAAAAGCUGCAGGAUUCACUGAGAAGCUCGGUGGUGGAAGGAAGGCGCUCAGCAGGAAGGCACAGAUUGCUGGGGACUGCAUCGGUUCAAAACCGUGUGUGAGAGGAUCUUCUUUCUAAACAUAAACCUUGCUAUGGGAAAAUGAUGCAGGCAAAUGACAGAGGCUGAAACCUGCCUCUGCUCUUCCUGUGUGCUUUUAGAUCCCUCAAGUUUUCCUGCCAGACUUGAAAUGCCACUAGUGAAUAAUCAAGGUAAUGUUUGCCAUCAUUUUAAAUGUGAUCCUCUGGGUGCCCCAUGCCCAAGCGGUGUGGGCCUGCGUGCGGUCCUGCCCGGCCAGCUGUGUGUGCACCCAGGAGCGGAGCUGCUCUGUCCUCUGUGACCGUGCCGGCCUGGGGCAGAUCCCCAGCGAGUUCCCUUGCGAAGCCUCCUCCAUCAACCUGGAUAAAAACAGCAUCAAGUUUCUCUCAGAGAGGGCCUUUGGGACUUUGCCUUCUCUCAAAUCCCUGUCCCUCAACCACAACAACAUCUCCUUCAUCACCCCAGGGGCUUUCAAGGGGCUGCCCAGCCUGACUGAGCUGAAGAUGGCCCACAACGAGUACAUCCGCUACCUCCACACGCGGACUUUCACUGCCCUCAGGCGGCUGGUCAAGCUGGACCUGGCGGACUGCAACCUCUUCAACAUCCCAGACAGAAUCUUCAUCGAGCUGCCUGCCCUGCAGGAGCUCCUCUGCUUCCAGAACAACUUCCGAAGGAUCCCAGGUGCCAUAAGGGGCAUGGAGAAUCUGACCCACAUCUACCUGGAGAGAAACAGGAUCGAAGCGGUCGCCUACAACUCCCUGCAGGGCCUGAUCAAGCUGAAAUACCUGAAUCUGCAGGACAACAGGAUAAAUGUCAUCCACGAGCGAGCUUUUCAGGGCUGCCGGAAGAUGGAGUACCUGUACCUGAAUGACAACUUGAUCAGUGAGCUUCCAGAAAACUCCUUCGACGGCCUGAGGCGCCUGAAAAUGCUCAACCUGGGGGGGAAUUUCCUCAGGAAUGUUUCCAACACCUGGUUCCGGGACCUGGUGGAGCUGGAGGUCCUGUACCUGGACCGCAACAGGAUCAGCUACAUCGAGGAGGGGGCUUUUGAGAACCUCACCAGCCUGGUCUCCUUGCACUUGAACAGCAACAACCUGACAACCCUGCCCUUUUCUGUCUUCCAGCCGGUGUACUUCCUGGGGCGGCUGUACCUCUUCCGCAACCCCUGGGAGUGCGACUGCCGCAUCGAGUGGCUGAAGGAGUGGAUGGAGAGCUAUGGGCUCGUCAGGGAUAUCCCCUGUGCCUCCCCGUCCUCGGUAGCUGGGAUUGACCUGAUGGAUGUGCUCUAUGACAGAUCACCGGAAGGUUACUGUCUCGACCCGGUGGAGCUAAACGUCACGUCCGACAGCCCGACCCCAAGCGGAGAGCCUUUCUCUACCACGGAGAGCAAGUUCAACAGCCUUAUCUCUAAACUCUUGCUCCAGAUGGGCCUUCCUGAAGAGGUGUCAAACACCACCGAGGUCUUCAGUAACACCACGCAGCUGGAUGGACUGGCUGAUGGGGUUUCUUCUGGGGCAGGGGAAGAUGGCCGCAAUGCUGCUGCCUUCUCUUUUCAGCUCUCAGCACUUCUUACGGUGGUUGUUUUCCAGAGCAAGUAGUCCAAGGGCUGCCUGGAGCAUGGAUCCUGCUUAAGCAUUUAGUCCCUGUCCCUACCUAGCCCUGGGCACCACCCGGGACAGCUACACCAGCUCUUGCAAAAAGGAGAACGGCAUCUGGGGAGGGUCUGGGGGAAAGACAGCGUGUUGGCUGAGACCUCAGACAGGGUUUUUAUCCUCUCUCCCCCUGCUACCCUGGCAUAUCUGCAGGAAAACCAGAGAGACACGUUUUCAUUAAAACAGUUUUCUCAGAGGAAAAGCUAUUUCAAUACAACAGUGUACUCAUUAAUGACCGUUUCAAAUGUGUUCUUAUUUUUCAACAAAGAUAUUGUUUCAAGGAGUAUAUUGUUUUUAUUUAUAGAUUAUUUCACGGCCUGGCAGCUGGAGCAGAAUAUGAUGAAUGCAGCCAAGCUGUACAAAAUAUUUUACGUUUCUACCACCAAUGUAUAUCACAUGGCAUGUCAUAUUAUACAAUGCUAACCAACCAUGCAGUCAUUUUCUUUUAAAUGACAUCUUAUACGUUUUGUUGUUGAAAUCUUUAAUGAAAGCUGCUACUCUGACCAGAAGGAUUUAUAUUUUCUAUAUUAGAACACAUUAACAGAAUAAUUUGGUAUUUUUCUCUCAAAAAUAAAUUAGUUGCUAAAGAAGAUUUUAUUUUGAGAUCCUUGAAUUACUCCAGAAUUCUUUUUGAAGGCUACUCAGUGGGUACACAUGAAUGCCCCUCUAAUAGUCUAGAGCAAAUGGCAAGGUGUUUAUUACAGCACAAAGAACAGAAAUGUUGACUUAGAAAGUGGCAGUGCUUACAUCUGUGUUAAGUAGCAAUGCUUCAAAAACAAGGAGAUUAUAUAGAAAUACACCUGUGUGAUAUUUUAAUUAAAUCCUUAUACAUAGCUUAUCAUACUGUGGUGUACAUGUUCAUAUGAAACUAUAUGACAUAUACAAUCUUUUAUUACUGCUAAAAUGUCAUGUAAUGAAAAUAAAACUGGAAAUGAGUUAAA